GGGUUGCCACGGAGACGUCCAAAGCAAGUCUAGCAGUGCACUGCAGCACCCGGCCCGAGCCAGGUAGGGAAGCCUGAGAACAAAUACAGGCCAGCUCCAAACUUCCUGGUUGGGGAACCGUCAGAAGAUUCACCUGGGCUAGUCUUGGCGACCCACCAGCCUUCUCCCUGCAAACAGGAAAUCUGCAUACCCCUGGGUAAAUCUGUCAGCGUUGAGACAGUGAUCUCUCUGCACAGCUACAUAGCCACAGGCUGGUAGGCUGCUUUUCAGAAAUCAGGGGGCUCUGAUUUGUGGUUUGCAGGCCAACAAGCUUGAACGCUGGUUGAGACAAUGGAGAAGUAUGAGCAAAUACUAACCAUAGGCAGGGGAUCAAGUGCUGAGGUCUUCCUGAUGAGGAACAUAGAGACAAAGAAACUGUUUGCCGUGAAAAAAAUCAAGACAGAUCCAUCAAAGAAAAUGAGAACCAAAGAGGCAGUGCUUCAGGAGGUGACCAUCCUGGGCAAACUCAAGCACCUCCACAUUGUAACCUGCCAUGAGCACUUCUUUGAGGAGGAACAUAUGUUCAUCAUCCAGGAUUACUGUGAUGGUGGCUCCCUGGAUGACCACAUUAAGAUGAGGAAGGAGGGGUACUUUCCCGAGAACACAAUCAUGGAAUGGUUUGUGCAACUAGCUAUGGCUGUUCAGUACAUCCAUUCCAUAAAGAUCCUGCACCGAGAUAUCAAAACAUCCAAUGUGUUUCUCACUAAGAAAGGGAUGGUGAAACUGGGGGACUUUGGCAUUUCGAAGGUCAUGAACAGCACCCUGGACAUGGCAAGCACUUUUGUAGGCACACCCUAUUACUUGAGCCCAGAGCUCUGCGAGGAUGUGCCGUACAGCUCCAAGUCAGACAUCUGGGCGCUGGGAUGUGUUCUCUUUGAAAUGUGUGCCUUAAAGCCACCCUUUGAUGGAAUAAAUCUGGUCAGCUUGUUUUACAAGAUUGUGAAAGGCGAGUAUGCCGCUGUGCCAGAGUGCUAUUCUGAGCCCCUGCAUGGCUUGAUCCAAACCAUCCUGGCAAAGUGCCCAGGAAAGAGACCCAGUGCCAGCAGCAUCCUCAACAUCCCUUUUGUCCAGCAACACCUGAAGCUCUUCCUUCACCAAGAAUCCCAACUCUUCAAGCAGCAACAUCUGGCAAAGCUCCAUGAGGAGGACAACACAGAUCCCCUCUCAUCCACACCUCAAAGUAAGACACUGUUGGCUCACCAAGGGAGGGGAGCCUUAAGGCCAAAGUCAGCUCCACGGUAUAUCAACACACACAGUCCAGAGCUUUAUGAGCCAGAGGAGCUCUCCAGCACUCUAGACAGCAGCUCAGAUUACUCUGAAGACUUUGAGCAUAAAAGUGUAUCUUCCAUUGAGGAGAACUUAGAAGAUGACAUACCCAUUCCACCUCUGAUCAAGGAGGUGCCAAGAGAGAUAGACCAGUGCAGCUCUCCUGACAGACUAUUAUCCUCCAGCCGUCUGAGCACAGAUUUGCAAGAGUGGAAGGAUGAGGCGGAGCUGACCGAUUACCCUGAUGAUUUUGAGGAGGUUGAGGAGACCAGCCUGGAGGACGUGGUGAGCAAUGCUCGCUGUGCGAUCAAGAUGCCAGCUGACAAUGAGGCAUUCCAGGAGGAACAGAUGGAUCACCAAGGGCCUGCUGAUCUCUCCUCCACCCUGAAGACUUUGUGGGAGACAUGCAAAGGUGAGGCUGGACCUUCUCUGUAUGAUGAAAUCACAGGUCAGGCCCAGUUCACCCCUGAGGAUCUGCAGCCUCAUUUUGAACAUCGAAUGGGCCCUGACCACCUGGAGACCUGCUAUCUGCUCCUCAGCUUGGACCAGGAAACAACUUAGUCCAGGCCUCUUCAUGGAGACAGCCUGAAGGAAGAGAGUUUAGCUGAAGAUACAAAGUAGUGUGCUGCUGAGUGUUGUUCCGGAUUGGCAAAUAAGGUUGCCUGAUGGCCAAUGCUGAGUUUUCACUCCUUGCUUGGUACAUAAGAACGGCCAUACUGGGUCAGACCAAUGAUCCAUCUAGUCCAGUGCUCUGUCUUCCAACAGUGGCCAGUGCCAGGUGCUUCAGAGUGAAUGAACAGAACAGGCAAUCAAGUGAUCCAUCCCCUGUUAUCCACUCCCAGUUUCUGGCAAUCAAAGGUCUAGGGACACUCAGAGCAUGGGAUUGAAUCCCUGACCAUCUUGCUAAUAGGCAUUGAUGGACUAUCCUCCACAAAUAGCAUCACAAUAAUAUAAAGCACUGAGCCUGCUGGAAUCCUGCUGCAGAGAUGGAGUGCAGAAGGAGGGUGCAGAGGCAUAGGUGCAGUUACUAUGGUAUCACUUUCCGAUGCAAAACUAGGGUUUAUCAUUUCCAAACUACAUUUUCAUUUGCCCUUGGAUUAUUUUUUUGGCCCAGGAGAUGGAGCUGUAGGAAGUAGCAUAAUAUAAAUAAAGGUUUGUGACAGACAUUAGAAGGUUUGACAGCUCUGGGCACUGAAGUACAUGGUAUAAGCAGAAGGCUCAGUCAGCAGUGUGGAAAUAUAGACUCUUCCGCAAGUCUAGUUCACUUGCUAAUCCUGAAGUCUCUGAAAACUCCCCCAGUGCCUGUCUAUCUUGUGCCACAGCCAAAUGCUGAUUCACAGAGCCAGAAGCUCUAACUAAGCCCAGAGCUGUAACUGUAAUAGGUACCACUUCCCUGGCAGCAAAGUUUUGAUCUGGUCCACUACAACCUUUUAUGCGAUUUGUGUGAAAUGAUGAAAUAUGAGAGCUAGUCUUCCCUCUUUCUUAUCUUCAGACUAGAGUCCCGUUGCCAGCUGAUCACCUAAUGCUUCUGUAAUUUCUUAGUCAAGCUGAAGUUCUGAAGUGGCAAGAGUCUCAUAGGUAACAUAUGCCAUCUCUGCACUCAGAAUGUCUGCAGACACAUCUGCAUGGAUUGCCUCCCACAACCCAUAUUAAAAGGGGCAGGGUCACAUUUCUAUCUGAAAUUUGUGUACCAAAGAUUCCUAUUAAUGAAAGAGAUUAGAGGAAACAUAUGUAGCAAUUCCACUUUGACAGAACUCUCAUGCACUCAUUAGGGAGUGGAACUCAUAGGCAGUGUUCCCCGGGCCUGGUGCUGGUGGAGCUCGUGGCUAUGCUCAUCCCCAGACCCCACAAGUGGUUGUUUAUUGGUAAUAACAUCAGUACAGCUGAAAUGGGAGGUGUGUGCAGAGAGGAAGGGGCAGGGGAAGGGUAGAGGUCAGAGGCUGCACAGGGUUGUUGGUAUUGCUGCUAGGUCUGCCCAAGGGAGCAGGAAAAGCCUUAUAUAAAAAAAUAUUAAAGCAGCAUUGCCAACCCCAAGUGUUCAAACAUUGUGAGUCAGGCCCAAAAAAUCAUGAGCAUAUAAAAAAUAACUUUGGAGUCUUAUUUGCCUUUAGAGUUCACAUUUGCAAGCCCAGACACUUACCUUUUAAUGAAAGCUAAGAUUCUCACAUAAUGUCCCAACUCCAAGACUGGGUGUGUGUGUAAAAAUAGCCACCAAAUAUCACAAGAGUCGGAAAUACUGUAAAAAGGAAUUUUUGAAAAACAUCCUGUCCAUGCUAUUUAAAGGGUGCUCUGUCAAAAAUCUGAAUGUUUUAAAACAACUUGACAAUGUCCCUUUAAAUCUGAGAUGGCUUUGAACAGCUGUGACCAUGGGCAGACACAGUUACUGCACUUAACAUGAAAAUAAAGCUAAAACUCAGACUGAGUUGCUGAUUAAUAAUAACAGUUCUGCUCUAUCUCCUCUGCAACUCUCAAUGGGGAAGAAAGGGAACACCAAAGCUUUCAGUAUCUUUAUUCCUUCCUACUCCGUUCAGCCUUUGCAGUAUUGUUAUAAUCGUGUUGGUCCCAGAAUAUGAGACAAACAAGGCCAGCUCCUGUUGGUGAAAGACACAAGUUUUCAAGCCUCACAGAGCUUUUCUUCAGGCCUGGAAAAGAUAAUCAGAGUGCCGCAGCUAAAUAUGAGGUGGGAGAGGUUAUUAAUUAUAAGGGGUUAAGAUAUGUUGCGAGCAACCACUUAUUCGAAAUGCUAAAUUCUACCAAACAAAGAUCUAGGCAAAUAAUUUCCAGUUAACAAUUUAUUCUACAAAUUUACUCUCUUUUUCUGCUUGCAAAAUAUCCAUGACCCACUCCUGAUUUACUUAAUUAAAUUAGUUAUUCAAAUUGUGGAAGUUGGAAAAAGAGCAGACAUUCAGGAA